AUGAGGUUACUUCGUUUCCCAGCACGACUUUCCUUACUGGCUUUUGUGGGAUGUAUGAUUUUUACAUCAGAAGCCACAGAGAACGACUCAGAUCGCGCUGCUUCGGUGCUCUUCUCUGCUGUCUUACAAGAAUGUAGCCGACUCCAACGAACGAAUUUCGUGUUUUCCCCAUUCAGCAUAAUGGCGGUUUUCCACAUGGCUCAGAGGGGGGCAGAAGGCCACACCAGGCUGCAAAUGGAUUCGCUACUUCCCCCCGAUACAUCCUUCCGUUUACCCGAUUUGAAAUUUUCACCCUGGGACCCUGAAGAAGAAGUAGUCCUUCUGGAUGUAGCAAAUCGAAUAUAUGUUGAUGACACACUAGAAAAAAAUCCGUAUUUUUCCAACUUCGCAAAGGAUUUAAUUCAGCAAAUGAGCGGUGAUGCCAAGGCGAUUUCCUUUAAAGACCCAGAUCUGGCAGCGCAUGAGAUUAAUGCGUUUGUCGCUGAAAAAACCCGCAACCACAUAACAGAACUUCUUUCUGCCAGUUCUCUGUCACCCUUGAGUAGGAUGGUGCUGGUAAACGCUCUGUACUUCAAGGCCCCCUGGCUCCAUCCGUUUUCAAAGAAUCGCACUUCGGAGGGGAUUUUUUACGCAGAGACAGGACCUGGGCAGACAAAGACGCAGCAUGUGCGAUUUAUGAGGCAGCGACUUGAGAAUGGCUUUACGUAUUUGAAAGAGGAGGGGAUCACUGCAUUCUCCUUGCCGUACGUUGAUCACCGUUUAAAGCUAAAUGUGUAUAUGCCCGAUGAUAUUCGCGCUUUUGAAGUGCAACUUGCGGCGAACCCCCAACAUUUGGAGGAGCUUGCAGCUCGCCUUGGCAGGAGCUCUCUUCCUGAACAUGAAUUAGUGCUGUCUUUCCCGAAGUUUAAGCUGACGGCAGAAAACAACAGUCUAGACCUUGUUGAGCUGUUCAAGGGCUUCGGAGUCGACUUGAUGUUCACCCGUGGAAAGGCGGACUUUUCGGGUAUGUCCGGGAAUCAAGAAUUGUAUGUUUCCUCGUAUGUUCAUCAGGCAGACAUAGAAGUGGAUGAAGAAGGGACUGAGGCGGCUGCUGCAACAGCCAUGGGCAUCAUGGCGAUGUCAUUACCUCUCCCAAAGACGCCUCUCCCCGUAACAGUUGAUAAGCCAUUUAUUUUCCAGGUGUGGCUAGAAGAGGAAAACGCUUUUCAUGUCCUUUUCGCUGGCAGAAUUGGUGAUCCUCGAGCAGCGCAGUAG